UAGGGAUUCAAGUUUGGGAAAGUAGGUUAGGUUAUAUUUUUUAUUGUGUAAAGUGUAAAUUAAUUGGAAAAAUAUAUACAAUUUACCAUUUUUACACUUAUACAAUAUUCCUUUGUACUAUAUGUGUUUUAAAUAAAUUCAAUUCUAUUGAGUUUGUCGUUCCAGAGAUUCAAAAAUGUAUAGGCCUGCUUAUAACUCAUAAAAUACACAUUCGUACGUAGGCUACAUCAAUCUUCAAGUAUCAAGGUAGGCCUACCUAUCAAUAAACAUUUUAUUAGUAAAAAGUUAGAGUACUAAAGAAUAACUAUUCAAACAAACAUUCUUUUGUGUAGCCUACCCGUAGAAGCAUAAUUAUAUUAAUCUGUUUUUAACAUUAGAAUUUAGUCAUAUAAUACGAAUAUGGUUCUUGACUUGGUACAGUAAAAUAUUGUUAAAUGGAGGCUCUACAUGACGUGAACUUGGAAGAUCCGAAAAUUGCAGUUUUAAAUUUUUUGAUGAAGGUCAGAAUAAAUCUAAUUAUAACAUUGUUCUACGUUCGUAGAUUUUGCAAUUUUGACAGUUGCAGCUGCUGUCAUCAUCAGGGCAAGACAAAUCACAAUGUCAAAAAUUCCUCAAACUCAUUUGCAGCAGUUAAGUGCUUAUAGGAGAACAGAUGGAGAUGGAAUGGAAACCACCGAUGAUAAAACGUCUGAAGCCAAUCAGAUCAAACAGAAGGAAAAUCUUAUGGACAGAUUCAUUUACAGACCUCCAGAUCUCAAAGAAAUGUCAUUUUCACCUCCUCCCAUUAAAGGUCAAAUUGUUCAUUUAUUCCCAAAAAAUGUCACACCUCAGAGGAAAGAAGGCAUGUUUCCAAAUGUUUUUGGUGGCCGAGAACCGAAAUUCGUUCCUUAUGAGCCGUAUAAGGCUGCAGUCAAGCCAAUCAUACCUUACAAGCAUAAGAAGAGAAGGGAUAUAAAGCCUUCUCAAGCUAAAGCAGUGGUGGAUGAAAGCAAUGAUACAAAUAAAUCCAAUUCACUUAAUCCUUCCACUGAACAGGAACCUAUUGUGCAGGAAAAUGAAACUGAUUUUAAGCAGGUGAACGAAGAACUGACACGUUUGAAAGAAGAAAACGAACAGCUUGAGAGUCAGCUGAAAUUUCAGGCUCAGGUGAAUGCUGAAUUGAAGAAUCUUCUGGUAGCAGCCAUGGGUGAAGAUUUAGAAACAAGAGUACACUUGCUAACUGAAGAUAAACUGCAUUUAGCUAGGGCAUUACUGAAUUCGGCACAGAAGCUGAGCACCCACCAAGAGCAGACUGAAUAUCUGGCCAAUCAGUGCGAAGUUUGGCAGAGUAAAUUCCUCGCGAGCAGUUUGAUGGUUGAAGAACUAGCCAAAUGGAAAGCAGCUCUGUGCCAAAAAGCUUCAGAACUACAGGAAACUAUGAGAAGACUAAUUGAGGAGAGGAAAAAAGUUCGUGAAUCACUUAUUAGUUCACACAGUGACUUGACUAUUCUGAGCAAUAAGUUCGACUUGACAGCUUUACGAGGUGGACGUAAAAUAUCUGAUUUGAAGAGCAGUAACAUUUUGGAUCUAUCCUCAAUGAAUCAGGUAUUGAGCUCAAAUCUGCGAAUCCAGUUGCUGGGUGAUGAAACUAGUGAGGAACAACUCAGUCAAAGCACGCCAUCGACUAUCAAUCGACUUGAAGAGACCACUCCAGCAGAAAGACUAGCUGAGCAGCAACUGCUACAUCCUCUGGCGAUUGUGGGUCAACCUGACGCGGCUUGCAACGCUGUGGUUGGAGCUGCCAUGGCACUAGGCUCUAUCAAACUGUCAGCCCCGGCACCAGCCUGCUGUGCCCAUUGCAGUGGACAAGUCAAAACCUUAUAGUAUAUUAUAAUAUAAUUGGUUCUUGGUUAGCCUUUUUUUUGUAAAUACAGUAACAAUGUGGACCUUUUUUGUACAUAUUCCACAUUCCUUGACGUUUCAUGUAACUACUGAAAUAACUUAUUUUGUAAAAAAUUAAAUAAUAUAUUUUGUUAACAUUAAAUGGUUGAAGAUUCUAUUAUACAUUGAAGUCCAAAUAAUUUUUUUUCACAUAAAA